GCCGCCGCUGCUGCCAGCGGAAAAUGGCUGCUACAACCUCGAGCCUGUCCUGACACACUGAGAGGACAUAAAGAUGGAGAGGGAAAAGAUAAAGAACUGAGUGUCUGGGAGUAUAGAAAAAAGAGAGACAGAGGGUGCGUGAGAGAGCGUGUGUGUUUGCGUGUGUAUGAGAGUGCGUGUGUAUAUGCGUGUAUGUCUGUGCGUUGACAGAGGAGGGAACUAUAACCAGAGGAUACCGGGGGCAGCGAGCUCGAAGCGGUGGGCGACACCAAGCCAUGGAGCGCGAUGUAGUGCGCGUUCGCGCAGUGGUGAUGACGCGUGACGACUCCAGCGGCGGGUGGGUGCCCCUGGGAGGCGGCGGCCUCAGUCACGUUGCGAUAUGUAAGGGGCGGAGUCCGGGAGACAGGGGGCGGAGAGACUACUGCAUUCGCGGGGAGAGGCUGCGGGACCGAGCGCCGGUGCUGGAGUGCUUGGUGCGGAGAGGGCUGGUCUACAACAAGGUCAACCCCAUCUUCCAUCACUGGCGCGUGGAGGACCAAAAAUUUGGUCUGACUUUUCAGAGCCCAGCCGAUGCCAUCUCCUUUGAGCAAGGGCUCCAUGGCGUCAUGGACCGGCUGGAGAGAGAAUCUGACUCUCCAUCUUCCUCCACCCCAGAAGAGGGAGACACCGAAGAUGACGGCCAAGCUUCCCGCACGGGCAGCGAGUCGUCGUCCAACAGCCGGAAGGAAAUGCUGCCCAAGCCCGUCACCAUAGUGACCAGCGAGUCCUCGUCCCCGUGCUUCGCGCUCCCUUCUGCCGCAGAGGAUUAUGGGUACGGAGCCCAGCACGGCGUCACCACGCAGACUCCUGCGCAGAUCCACAUUAGGCCAGUGCAGCUGCAGCCUCCGCAAACCUCAGCCGCGGUCAGCUCCUCGGUGGCCCCGCCCCUGACCCCGCCCACCCCGGCGGCCGCCGCCCCGUCCCCCCUCUCGCCGCUCUCCCCCACCCUCUCCCUGCUGGAGCAGGGCGACAUCAAGGACCUGUGGGGCGCGCGCGGGUACGAGGACUACCGGCGGGCGGAGCUGGCCCGGGCCGGCGGGGGCGGGGUCAGCUCGCAGGACAAGUCGGAGCUGUGCGUGGUGCGGUUCGGCAAGGAGCAGGCGGGGGCGGGCGAGGGCACGGUCACCCUGGACACCAAGGCGUCCCAGCGGCUCUCCUCCUCCUCCUCGCCCACGCCCAACACCGUCACCAGCCCCCCGGCCUCCGACUCCAGCAGGGGCUCGCCCUCCUGCUGCCUCCGCGCCUCGCGGACCCGCAGGCGAGGGGGCGGGACCGGGCGCGACUGCGGCCUGACGCUGGGCCUCUCGGCCUCGCCCUCCACCAGCGGCGGGGCGGCGGGGGGCCCCAGCGACGAGGGCCCCUGCCCCGCCCCGCCGUCGCCCCGCUCCUCCCGCUGCGUCUACUGCCGCUCCAUCUUCAGCGCGGCGGAGAACGGGCGGGGCCGCUGCCGGGACGCCCCGGACCCCGCCCUUCGCUGCUUGCGCCGCUGGACGUGCGUCUGGUGCGCCGAGAGCCUGCUCUACCACUGCGCCUCGGACCCCGAGGGCGAGUUCUGGGAACCCUGCUCGUGCGAGGACCCGCAGGGGGCGCGGGUGAGCCCGCUGUGCUGCGCCCGCUGGGCGGCUCUGCUCGCCCUCUCCCUCCUGGUGCCCUGCAUGUGCUGCUACCUGCCCCUGUGCGCCUGCCUGCACUGCGGGGAGCGGUGCGGCUGCUGCGGGGGGAAGCACAAGGCCGCCCGGUGAUCCCGGACGAGAGGGCGGGGGCAGGGG